AUGGCGGAGAAAUAUCUAAGCCAGAUCUAUUACGAUCCAGAAAGCCCCGCAAGUUUUGGUGGCGUAGAUUCCAUUUAUCGUGCCGUGAAAAACGAAGGGAAAUAUGAGAUAUCGCGGAAUAAAAUACGCCAGUGGUUACAAAAGCAAGAUACCUAUACAUUGCAUAAAUCU